GGGCUUGCCAACAAUAUAUGUGAAACAUACCUCUUCAACAAGGACGUUGAGCAAGGAAAAGGAAGCGAAAACAUCCCUGCUGGUUUCCUUACGUGUUCUUCACACACGACUUCCGUUUAA